AUGAUCGACUGGAAGGACGUCGCCGUGGACGUGGGCCAGGAUGCCGCCGGCAACGCCUUCGCCGUCACCGCCGGCGGGCUGGUGUUGGCCUUCGGCGGCGACCGGCUGCAUCGCGUGCGCCACCUGCGGCGGGGCGAGCUGGAGAGCUUCCCGCGCGCGCGGACGAUCCUCCCAGAGCCGCCCGUGGGAUUCCGAGUGCAGGGGAUCAGCGUGGGGCCGGCGGGCGGCCUGGCGGUGCUCUUCGGCGCGCAGGGCGAUCGGCCGUGGCUGGGCGUGUUGGACAUGAGGGGCGGCCGGCGGGCGCGAGACGCCAGGUCGGGCCGGCCUGUGGAGGUGUGCAGAUUCGCUCCCUGCAGCAAGGGGUGCAUUGUGGGGAGGGCGGGCGUGGAGGUGGCUCAGGUGGCAUGGUUCCCAGGGGCGAGCGACGCUGCCUUCGCCGCGCUGGGCUCCAACAACAAGUGGGCCGUUUAUGAUGCAGCCAAGCCGACCUCCCCCGGCGAGGUGCACGACCUAGAGAUGGCCCGGGAGGGGCCGUUCGGGGUGCGCACGUCCGGCCGGUGCGUGGCAUUUGCCCUGGGGCCGGUGCAGGGCGACCCCUGGGCCUGGUGCUCCGCAUUCUUCCUGCGCCAGGACGGGGCCGUCUUCGCGAUGUGCCCCGUCGCGGCGCCGGGCCAGGCGAUCUCGUCGCCUCACCGCCGGCGGCUGGCGUCCUCUGCAGCGGAGAUCGGCGAGCUCGACGCGAGGAUCGGCAAGUGGGUGAAAGAGGCGAUUCCGCCUGCAGACGGCCCGUCGAGGGCUGCGCGCCUGCCGGGCUGGUGGCGCGGCUUUCCAGCCCUCCAGGGGCCCAUGAAUGAGGGCGAGGCGUCGAUUGCAUCGGAGCCCGGGGUGGGGGAGGCGUCUGGGAUCUGGGCUCAUAGCGCGGACGGCGCCGUCGUGGUGGUGACGUCCACGUGUGGAGGCGUCAUCUUCGCUCACCUCCUGGUGGGGGACCUGCGCCCGGUGCUGGGUGGAACUGGGCGAUCAUCCGGCAUGGCGCCGUGCCCGCAGGUGGAGCCGGAGGGGGGGAUCCAUCUGCGGCUGCUGGACGCGGUGGUGGUGAGGGAUGGGCCAGUGGAGCGGACGCGGCUGGUCGCAGAGGGAAGGCACGCCAGGAAGGUGGCGCUGGUGAGCGCCAGCAGGGUGGAUUUGGUCGUCCUGCCAUGGAUGCUGGAGCUGGGCAGGCUGUUGAUGGAGGAAGGCAGGUGGCCGGACGGGGAGCUGCCGAUGCUGAUGCCGCCGGAGAUGCUGAGGGUGCGUGGGGACGCACUAGGGGGGCCGCCCAUCCUGGGGUGCCUGAGCUGUGGGGUGGGCCUGCUGGUGGCCGGGGUGAGCGGGAGGACGCUGGUGUGCGCCGCGGCCAGCCCGCUGGACAGCCACCCGAUCGAUGACGUCCUGCUGGAGAGUGAAAUGGGAACUUUGCCAGGGAUGCGCUCUGGGAGAAGUUCUGCCUCCAGCGGCAGGCAGGAGAGGCUGGCAAACCCCCAGCGGGCCAGUGUGACGCCAUCUUCCGAGACGGGCGCGAUGCCGGAGAACGUGAUUGAGGAGAUUGAGAAAGGGGUGCAGGCGUGUCAGGGAGCGGGGGAAAGGGUGCAGGCACUGCAGGAUGUGGGCUGGGCGAAGAUGAGCAACCUGGAGGACAGGCUGGGUCUGCUUGAGGCGUUCUUAUCGGUGGUCGCAGCCCAGCCGCCCAGGAAGGACCAGGCAUUGCUCAAAGAAAUUCAAACUCAUAGGGGGGCCUGUGGGCAGCUUGAAAAGAAACUGACCAGCAUCAUGGACGUCAUCGAGUCCUGCAAUGGGUCGCCACUUGUUCGGCAGCUGGAAGGUGCCAAUCUGUCUGAGAUGUGCUGGUCAGAACAGAGGUCAGCCAAGCUCUGCAUCAAAGAAAACAGCGAGAUCGUGAAGAAGCUGGCGGACCGUUUGAGUCGGUUCCAGGCAAUGGUGUGA